AUGCCAACCAUCUUCUGUUGCCUCUCCACCAUCUCUUGGAUGCUCCUCCACCCCUACUUUGUUUUUGAUGGACCAGACUGCCCUCAAAUCAAGAGGGGAAAAGAUGUCCUGGGCUGGUCCCCUCCAUUCCUCCUUGUGCAGCACUUUCAAGAACUUCUGAUGGCAUUUGGCUUCGACUGGCAUGUGGCUCCAGGAGAGGUGGAGGCAGAGCUCAGCUGCCUUCAGUCAUUGCAACCCGUGUUCUCCACAGACAUGGAAGUCUACUUGGCAGAAGCCAUAGACAAUAGUGCCACCCUGGAAUGGGGUGAUCUCCUUCUGAUCACACUGAUGAACAGUGCAGACUGUGAUGCAAGUUGCCACUGGUGCAACACAGAUGUUGCCCAUCAGUUGGUAGCUUAUGGCUUUGGAAGGACCCUCCUUGAAGCUGCCAUCUCACUCCAGUUUGUUGAGUUCAUGGAAUUUGUUGCUAAGUGGUGCAACAAUGUCUGUGAGGUACUAAGAACAGAUCCUCAGCACUUCCUGGGAUGUAGGUACCAUGAGCUUGCUUGUGUCAUCAAGGAGGAACACUUCAAGUUCCCUGACCCUGCCAUCCUGGCAAUGUAUCUGUCACCCCUCACCUCAUGGUCAGAUGGUGGACAUUCCCCCAUUACCUGUGUGAUGUCUUGUCAGCCUAAUCUCACUGCCCUGGUGGCAUUCUGCUCACAGCACCUUGGCUGGCCACCAGAUACUGUCCAGUCUGUGUUGAUGGAUGCUUGUGCUGGUGCAGCCAUGGGUGCCCUUCUACAGCUGCCAGGCAACAUUGAUGGUCAACAGCUAUUUCAACAAGUCACUGCCUACAUACAGGCUCUCUGUGCCAAGCUGAUUCCUUCCAUUGCCAGUGGAGGUGGAUCUGUCAGCUGUUGUGCUAUGUCACCACUGGGCAAGGUCAGUAAUGGUAACCCAUUCUAUGAAGUGGAGGUCCCCACAGUCAUGUUGGAACACUCAAGGCCCAACUUGGUGCAAGGCACUGUCACUCUAUCAUCCCAGCCAUCUUGCAUGGAAUUGGUGGAUGAGGAUGCUGGUCUUCAACCACCUGAGCCAAUGGUUAACCUUGUUCCACUCAUUCCCAAAGCUAGAGUGAUUGACUUGACAGGUGGCAAGGACACAGCAUGUCUUGAAACUGGAGAUGUUGUUCUCAUGAGGAGUGAGGACUAG